CGCUGAUUUUCACUACAUCCCUUCAAUUUUAGUCACAAGAUUUUACAGUCACGUCUCACAUAUCGAUAUGAGAGAUCUUCACAGAUUUAAAACCUAAACCGUGCGGUAAUUGAGACAUCACAAGUUUUUUUUUCAUGAUAGGAAAUCCUGAGGGAGUUUAUAGAUUUAGCAUGUUUUGUUUCAAAUAUCAAUUGACAAUGCGCCAAGGAAUUUGACACCAUUCUUCAAAAGCGCAUUAGAGUCUCGAUAUUUAGAGUUUGAAGAUUGCUUUUCUCUAACAUUUUUUCGUGUUCUCCUGUAACAUUUCGUCACCGAAAAGACCCAGAUAUGAAAGGAAAUCAAGGGAUUUAUGUUGUCAGUUUUUGGCUUCAUAUAUCUCUCGUGGUGUUUUGUUUGGGAAGACAGGGGCAGAGUGCUCGUCCGUCUUGCGGAAGAAAUUACAAUGGAAGGGAAGGAAAAAUAAAGUCCCCGAAUUACCCCAAUUAUUACAGUCCAAGAGCCAACUGCCUCUACAAGAUCACAGUUCCCAGUGGAAUGAGGGUCAGAGUCAGAUUUAACAAUUUCAGCGUUGAACCAGCUGGAGGAAGUCCUACAACGUGCUACGAUUACGUUGAAGUCCACGAUGGCCCAACCACCCAAAACAGUUCCCUUGGGAAGUAUUGUGGAAAGCUGCAACCUUUCAGCGUGUUCUCUACCAGCAAUGUUAUGCUUGUUCGAUUUGUCUCCGAUCGUUCUGUGAAUAACAGGGGCUUUCAACUUAACUUUCAAGCUAAAUCAUUGUCAAGGAUUCAACAACAAACACUACCACCCACAGCCACAAAUGCAAAGACAGUUCCCUCCACUCCUGUGAUAACUACUGCCACACCUUGCUCAUCCAAGGAAUUUCAGUGCAACGACGGCAGUUGCAUAAGAAAGGCAUAUCGAUGUGAUGGUACGUUUGACUGUUUGGACAAUUCAGAUGAAGAGAAGUGUCCAUGUAAAUCAUUCCAAAUGACCUGUGCUAAUGGAGUGUGUGUCAAUAAGCUAUGGAUUUGUGAUGGGGCAGACGAUUGCGGUGAUGGCUCAGACGAAAAGAACUGCGACGCACCAACAGCUCCAUCAUCAUCCUUGAAUUGUUCUGUAAAUAACGGCGGUUGUGAACACAAGUGCACCGAGGUUUACGUUGGUCAAAGGAAAAGCAUAUCUUGCAGUUGUAGACGUGGAUUUAAUUUACUGUCGGACCAAAAACACUGUGGUGACAUCGACGAAUGUCGGGGUAAUAAUGGAGGUUGCCGUCAUCGGUGUAUGAAUUACCCAGGAGGCCAUACGUGUGCUUGCACCCAAGGUUACUUUCUUGCUCGCGACAAGAAAAACUGUAAAGACAUAAAUGAAUGCUCUAAUGGUAACGGGGGAUGUAAUCAUGACUGUGUAAACACCGCUGGAAGCUUUCAUUGUAGAUGUUAUCCCGGAUUCGAAUUUAAGACCAGUAAUAAGAAGAUCUGUCAAGAUAUUAAUGAAUGUGAUGGCAAUAAUGGCGGCUGCAGUCACAACUGCGUUAACCAGGCCGGAAGCUUCUACUGCCAGUGCCCACCCGGAUACAAGCUACUAAAUGACUCCAAGACCUGUGCGGAUGUGAAUGAAUGUGAAAUAAGUAAAGGUGGAUGUGAGCAUAAUUGCCAGAACACUCUCGGAAGCUUUUAUUGUACUUGCCGUGAUGGUUAUAUCGAGGAUUUUGUGCAUUCCUCCAAGUGUAUGGAUAUUGAUGAGUGUGCAGAGGGAGUGCCAGCCUGUUUUGAUUGUCAUAAUACACCUGGAAGUUUCGAAUGUACAUGCGACGACCCUGGCUUCACCGCAAACGCCAACAAGACAGGGUGCGAAGACAUCGAUGAAUGCGCCUCAAACAAUGGCGGCUGUGGAGAGCACAAAUGCGUCAAUAAUUAUGGAAGCUUCUCGUGCCUAUGUAAACCUGGAUAUCAAUUUAACCCGACAACCAAAAGUUGUGAGGACAUCGACGAGUGCGCGGGUAAUCUUAAUGGUGGCUGCCAGCAAAUCUGCAAAAACAAUCUGGGAUCGUACCGAUGCGCCUGCAGAGAUGGUUACAAACUGAGGCAGCAGACCAGGUGUUUGGACAUUGACGAAUGCGCAGAAAGUGCUCACCAAUGCCAGCAGAACUGCACAAAUACAGAUGGAAGUUAUACUUGCUCCUGCAAGAAGGGAUACUUUCUUUCCAAUAAUGGCCACUCCUGCAGUAAAAAGAGGAACCCACAAGAGUGCGGCGUUGCACCCCUUGUUGUCAGUUCUUUCCAGGGGAGAUGGCAUUCAGAGGAACAACCGAUUUGGCCAUGGGCAGCCUUGCUUCACUUCAGCGUCUACGGUGACAUCGAAGGCUGUAUGGCCACUCUCAUAGAUAAAGAAUGGCUUAUCACAUCAGCUCAUUGGCUGUACCUGGGAGACAAAGUCAUUCCUACAAAGUUUGUCAAGGUGGAACUUGGGGCGUUCCCCCGUGGUUCUUCAAGUCACAAUCCUGUUUUGCACGAUGUGUCACAAAUCGUAAUCCACAAAGACUUUAACGGAGACCGAAAGGUACUCACUGGAAACAUCGCCCUUGUUCGCUUGACAAAACCGAUCAAUGUUACAGAUGAGAUAAGGCCCAUCUGCAUACCGACCAGGAUGGAAGUGGAGAACCUUCUGAAACCUGGGGCCUCAAGCGAUGGUGUAGUAAUCGGCUGGGGUAAGACCCUUGAGCACCGAGUUCGCAGCACACUUCACCAGGCGGCAGUCAUGGUUUCGCACAGAUCACGAUGCGAGCAAUGGGCCAGCAACAUUGCCUUCGAUGAAAACACCAUGAUCUGUGCUGGCUAUAAGGAGGCCGAGAGGACCGCUUGUGUCGGUGAUAGUGGGUCCCCGCUCAUGUUCUCUGUUACAACCCGUGAUCAGAGUUCAACAAAGUGGGUUCUGGGUGGUGUGAUGAGCUGGGGGCUUAAUGUGCUUCCACAAGGCUGCCACAAGGAUUACCGCUACACAGCCUACACAAGUGUGGAGCGCAACUUGAAGUGGAUCAAGUUCAGGGGUAAUCGUGGAAACACGAAAUAAACAAUCAUAUUUAAUCCUAACGUCAAAUAAUCACGUAGCAUACGUUUUGUUUCCGCUGAGUAACAUUAGUAAGCCGCUUAUGCUGAGAUUAAAGAGAACAUGUCUCAGAAAUGAGGAUAUUGCAGCUGUGAUCUAACUUGUGACUUCCCAUGUGAACGAAGGCAAGCUAAAACACCUUUGAACAGUUUUUAUCAACCUUUUGUACAGCUUACUAGGGGUCGCAUCCCUUGCAGCCUAUCGCACUCCUUUUGUUUCGUAAAUUGUUUAUGUAACAUGCUCGAUUACUUCUGAUUACCGUUCAAUGAAAAGAGUUUGUCAGUUGGGCAAUUUAUUUUUGGAUUUGCUUUAUUUUUCUGGGCUGAGCAUUACAGAAUAAAAGGUAAUAGUAAAGAAAACAAACGAAGUGUCGUCA